UUUUUAAAAGAAGAUAUUUGUGAUAAAUUUUCUCGCCGUUCCGGCUAAGCGGAGCGGACGGCAGCACGACGAACGAGAAGUAGCAGUAAAAAUGGUUGUUCAUCAUCUUCAUGAGCCUCUCCCCCAAGCGUUCCCUCUGCAGAAACGUGGUUAGAGUUGUUGAGAACAGAAAUGUGUUGUGUUAUGGGCCUUUGGUCAUGGAUCAACGCCGUCGCCGGUACUCGUUUUCUUAAGUUUCCAUUGCCGUCGUCUGGUUAUCGGAAGUUGUCAUCGUCGUCGUCGCGGCCAAGGUUUCCGUUGCUGUGCGCUGUGCAGUGAGAGUGUGAGGGAGGAGAAAUUAGGGGUUUCUUCGGAAGGGGCAAAAUAGUAAUUUCCAAGCUUCAGAAGUCCUAUUACUCAAGAAACGUAAUUUCACAAUUUUCUCUUUCAGUUUUGUUGAUCCUCAAUCUGCUCGUUUUCCGGAUCCUUGCUUCAAUCCCAUUCUCUUCCUGGUUUGACACUUCAUUAUGUCGCCUACUCCCGAGGAACCUAAUAAUUUGCAGAACGGAAUCGAAAUCCAACCACACAUUUCGCCAGAAUCAGAUCAAACUAGUGAACCCAGAUCAGAACCUGAACCCACAGCAGAUGCAAUUCUAAGUUCUGAAUUACAUCAAGAACGCGAAUCGGAAUCAGUUAAUAAUGGAGUAGCUGAUUCGGAGCCGGUGUCUCGAAGGAAACAGUUACCGGAGUCCAUCCAUUUACAGGUAGAGACGGAUGUUGCAGAUCCGAGGUUUGAAGAGCACAAAGAAACAUCCAUCCCAUCCAACGGCAACACCGAGAACUCGAAACCCGCGUUGCGUAAAGACGAAGGAAGCCGAACGUUUACAAUGAGAGAGUUGCUGAAUGGGUUGAAAGGUGAAGAUGGUAACGACAGUCUUAACGAAUCUGAAGGCGAAAGGCCCGAGGGGAACCCCGGUUACAGUCUUAAUCAAGAUAGCCCACAUCAGCCGUAUUCUGAACAGAGCAGAGCUGCCAUGGAGUUGAUCAGCAGUGUUACAGGUGUUGAUGAAGAGGGCCGUUCUCGCCAAAGGAUUCUCACAUUUGCUGCUAGGAGGUAUGCUAGUGCAAUUGAGAGAAAUGGUCAAGACUAUGAUGCUCUCUACAAUUGGGCUUUGGUCCUCCAGGAGAGUGCAGACAAUGUUAGUCCAGAUUCUACUUCACCUUCCAAAGAUGCAUUGCUUGAGGAGGCUUGUAAAAAGUAUGAUGAGGCUACCCGUCUUUGCCCAACACUUCAUGAUGCUUUUUAUAAUUGGGCUAUUGCAAUCUCUGAUCGGGCCAAAAUGCGUGGGCGUACAAAGGAGGCCGAAGAACUGUGGAAGCAGGCUACCAAAAAUUACGAAAAAGCUGUCCAACUCAACUGGAAUAGUCCCCAGGCGCUAAAUAAUUGGGGGCUUGCUCUACAGGAACUCAGUGCGAUUGUGCCAGCACGAGAAAAGCAGACAAUUGUAAAAACAGCUAUCAGUAAGUUCCGUGCUGCUAUACAGUUGCAAUUUGAUUUUCAUCGAGCAAUCUACAACCUUGGUACCGUUCUGUAUGGAUUAGCUGAGGACACAUUAAGGACUGGUGGAACAGGAAAUGUUAAGGAUGUUUCCCCUAAUGAGUUAUACAGCCAAUCUGCAAUUUAUAUUGCAGCUGCUCAUGCUCUAAAACCAAAUUACUCUGUUUACAGCAGUGCCUUGCGGUUAGUCCGUUCAAUGCUGCCAUUACCCUAUCUGAAAGUUGGAUACUUGACUGCACCUCCUGUGGGGAGACCACUUGCUCCUCACGGUGAUUGGAAACGUUCACAGUUUUUUCUAAAUCAUGACGUAUUGCAAAAGCUUAACAUAGGGGGGGAACAAAUACAAACGUCCCCUAGUAUUUUAGGAAGAUCUGGAAGUACCUUGAAUGGCGACUGGACAAUCAAAGUAGAAAUUCCGGAUAUCGUCUCUGUAUCAGCAUGUGCAGAUCUAACUUUACCACCUGGUGCUGGACUCUGCAUUGACACGAUCCAUGGACCAGUUUUCUUGGUUGCUGACUCAUGGGAUGCGCUCGAUGGAUGGCUCGAUGCAAUUAGAUUAGUUUACACGAUCUACGCUCGAGGCAAGAACGAGGUUUUGGCUGGUAUCAUAACAGGUUGAUUAUUACCAAGCACACAAAAAUGUAUUAUUGAUAUAUUAUCUUGAUGUCUAUAUAUUUACUUAUUCACAGUAGAUUGAGUAUUCAUUUCUCUAGAUUGAAACACACAAUUUUGGGGUGCUUUUCCAGUGCUUAAUACAUGUUUCUCUAGUCACCUUUCAUUUUCAGGUGUAAUAAUAAUAUUGUACAUGUCGCUUGUAACAGUGCACAAGUGGUACCGUUUUGGACCCUUGAGAAGAGCUCCAAAUUAAUUUUCAUUGGAAAUUCAAUUGAAUUCGUCUAA